CGUAGCUAUACAUAGAAGUAUAGCAGCUAGACCUUCGUCUAUCAACAGCUUCACUUUCAGAGCAAUUUAAGUUUAUUGCUGCACUUUCCGUGUAGCGUUCUUGCCAAGAAGCAACUCUCCCUCGUCAACAUUCUUCUACUUACACGACCUAAAGGUAAGGCAGUUUAUUUGAUCUCGCUCGUUGCGGGACGAGAAACUGGACCUGUACCAUGGCGUCCUCUAAAGAGAAAGAAGAAGUUGGAGUAGGACUUCAACCCCGUAAGGAGGAAGCCUCGAAAUUUUAUGCGUCGUUUUAUCCCACGUUGUCUGCUACUGCAGAACAAGAGCAGGACCUCUUACUACCCGGAGACAAAAAGGCAGGAAACGGCACGAAGACCAAGAAGCAGCAAGGCUUGCCGUGCAAGCCGAAAUGGAUGUACUACACUUACUAGUACUCCCUCUUACAUCAACACUUUUAUAAGAGAUCAACAUCAUCAAUAUUAUGUUGAUUUAUUAUUUUAUAUAUAGUACACCCUGACUCUACUGACUUUGGCAUUCUUGUUUCACAUUCGGAUUGAACUUGAUCUUGAUCUUGCUGUUGAAGAACUCGUAGAACGUGAAGAACAAGCUUCGUAGAACCAAGAACACCUACUUUCUUUGCUCCUUUCCGUCAACUGUCGAAAUUGUUCCUUUUUAUCUUCGGAGUCUGCGAUCAGUAUCUAGAACUAGAAGUCCUCUCGUUGGAAAGUGCCUGCCUCACAGGUACACCGGCUUAAUGACUAUUUUUGCCCUUCUUGUGGCGUCGGCGGGAUAUGUGUUCUUCUUCUCCAUGGCGACCACGAUUGAUGUCAACACCUCCAGCAACGACGUUUAUUAUUGGAUGCUCCAGAUGUUCUCGCGGAGCGACAACAUUGUUUCCACUUCUAAUGGCCACGACGAUGCCCUUGGUGGACUCGGAGGUACUACUUACUAUUUAUGGGCUGAAGAAAACAGAUUUUCCUUAGUACCGUAGAGCACUACUUUCUACCCGUAGAUACAGAUUGAGAAGAUACGAGCACCUAUUCUACUUUUCAUUCAUAUUGUUGACUCAAAUUCAAAAUCUUCAUCAUCAUGUUGAUGAUGUUUAUGACUAAAAUGGACCAGAAUCACCAAGAACAACAUUGAUUUAAUACCUGCUUAGUAUUUGAGUCCUCUUUGUCAUUUAAUGGUCCCUCAGGAUGCACUGAAGUGGGAGCUUCUACUCCUUCUUUGUCAGGUUCUGCGAAAUUGACGAUGAACGGAACGGUGCAGGCGAUUCCAAGGAUUUCGACUCUUUUUCGUGGUUCGGCGCGGGGCGCGCCUUCCACAGGAUUAGGAUACGGCGGCUCCUCUUCGGCAUUUGGCAAUCAACAGCUGCAAUAUCGUCCACUUAUAAAAUCGUCCACCAUGACAACUUCGCCCACCUCGAAUGCCACCUUCAUGGAACUGCAAGCUGCUAACUCUGGUCCUGAAUCUGUGCAGAAAACGUGGAAUCUAAUGAAAGCGAAAAUGGAUGUCUGGCUGAAAGAUAUGGUUUCCGCGCGGCAUCCACUCGUGGUUAAGGCUCUUAUAUUGUAGUUUGAGUCUAAGUAGUACAUUUUUUUAUUUGAGCACAUCGCUCGAUCCGCGUGAUACGAUGAAUUAUAUCGAUAAUUUUUAUUCUUAUAGAAUGAGGCGAAGGCGUUCAUUCGCGAAGCAACUUCAGUAUAGUAAUACUACAAGGUAUCUUGUAAUGAAAUUGUUCGGAAAAUACGUCGGAAUCGGAAAUGCAUGGUACUAAGUAUUUGAAAAUAUUUAGCACUUCGACACAGCUUUCUAUUCAUUGGAUGACGCAUUUUUCGUUAGAGCUUACUAUGUCUAUGUAAGUAAGUACCCAGAAUGACCAAAGUAGCACCCCUUUGCGAUAUUGCAAGUGGUGCGAGGGCUGACAAGCACAGCUUGAUACUCAUAAGACAUGCGUAUACUUCGAGUAAGGUUUUCAAGAUUAGCUCAAUGAUAGAAGUACACUUUAGAGAUCGCGCAGGGCAAAAAGGAAGAUUGCACAGCUCUAAUGUUGCGGCUAUCUUUGGGACAGGCGUGGUGAGCUUUGAGAAGGUGGUAGAGAAGUUCCACAGUCACGUAAAUGAGCGCGUUUUUUUGGCCGCUUCCGAUUCGAUGACAAGUGCGGGCUUUCUGCGAGUUGAAGCGGGAACGCUAUUAGGGACAACCGUCGCAGGAACGUCGCUGACGCUCAACGUGGAGGCGGGCAGCAAGCUGGGACAAGGGGCUGCUGGGAGUGUCAUCGCCGUGACGCCAUCGGGAGCGCGAUACAGCAAUAAAGAGGAGCCAAUCAGGGCGCCGCUUGUCGUGAAGAUCUCCGAUGUGAGUUUGACGAAAAUUGCUGGCGCGCCUCCUGGUCAGGAUAGCUACCCACACUUCAUGUACGAUCAGCCAAUUUGGGAAUCAUUCAUCUCGAGCUUGCUUUCCAUGAUCGCCGCAAAGGGAGACCACAACGCGAUCCACGGUUGCGUGCCUGCGUUUCACGGUCUCAUUCUGUCGGCUAAGAAUAUGGGUUUUGUCAUCGAGCGGGUGCAUCCGAUGGAAUUCAUUCGAGACGCUGUCGACGACAAUAUGCCACAGCUGGUGCCAGAAAGCGCAGCCAGACAUUUUUACAACUUGGGGGCGGAACUGAGCAUGCACUACUUCCUCGAAGGCUGGGACCGAUGUAUCGAUGCGUUUCAUGCGAAUGGCGUUUUUCACGGUGACAUCAAGCCAGGCAACAUGGCGUUGACGUGCGACGCAACGGCGACUGCCCAUGGCGCAACCAACGACUGCGGAGAAAUCAGCUCGGAGUCGCUUGGCGAUGUGCGCAGGCAUCGCGCAGUCCUCUUCGAUUUCGGAGCCGCGAAACUCUACGCGGAUAAGACCACCCAAGGCGGGAGCCAGUGGGUACUUGCGGCCGAAACUUACGCAGAUGUGCGGUGGACAACCACACCUCCCGGAAAUAAACCCGAGGCUAAGGCAAUCGAGGAGGUUCCCAGUGCUUCUACUGCUAAGGUGCAUGAGAUGUCGCAUCGUGGUCCGAUCUAUUCAACGGGGACUUCUUGGAUCACGCACCCCGCAAUCUCCGGACUCCCCGUGUGCCCGACCAAUCUCCAGGAGGAUGCGCCUCCACCUCCUCAAGAACAUGCGGGAACAGUGGAUACGAAAGCUACACACUUCGGCGCGUAUUUAGACAAGCAUUCGCUGGCUACAUCGAUGUUGAUUUUGUGGACUUUUGGUGACCCAGAUUUGUGGGACGAUAGAAAUGGGGACGCGGUAGCGGUUGCAUUUGGGCGACAGGUUUUUAGUCGCGCUUUGAAUUGCGAUGCGGCCAAUCCGGACAAACGCGACGCGAUCAUAAUUUCGUGCGCCUCAUAUCCGAGCCCGGAGAGGACAAGCUUCCUGUACGUCAUCAGCUAUGGUUUACCAAACGAGUCUACAGUCUUCAAAACCAUUUUAAUCUUUUUUGUCCGUCAGCAUCUACCUCUCAAGUUAAGUAAUAGAAGAUAAUUAAUGAGUACCACGGGCGCCGCGCUGCGCGCGCCGCGGGGGGCUAUUUUUGCAGGGAGAAGAGAAGGCAAGGGCAGCCGAGGAACGAGCGAGGGAAGGGAAGAGAAGACGAGAGUGGAGAACGAGACAAGGGAAGAGGCGCAGGAAGUGCCGAAAGGAGCGGCGUGGGCGGGAGGCUGGCAAGACAGCGGAGAGCAAAGAGGCGCCGGCCGGAGUAGAACCCAAGGCAAAAAACGCGGGGCGCAGCCAGCCAGCUGGACCCUGAACGCCACGAAACAGAGCCGAGCGGCCCGCCUGUUGGCGGCAAGGGCGCAGAAAGGUGCCCACGGCAAGGGGAACAAGGUGCCGCGCCGCGCUGUCGUUGCCACUUGGCGCAACUAAGUAGUUAGAGAGAUAGAGCUAGAGGUAGCGGCGUGACGCAGUCGCUACGCCUACGGGGUAGAGAGGUGUGCGCCGCUGAACUCUCUGCGGACCACUCUAAGAGACCGCCGCGACGAUGUGAAGCAUGUGCGUGAAUUCUUCGCGAAAAUUUGACCGGGCUGGUCUUCGUUGUCUUUUUGCUUGAGAGGCCAAACCAGGCGCCGAAGGGCUUGCGGCUGCUUUUCGUUUGUUCUGUGUUUCGUCGUUGGUAGCAGCCUCGGGCUCGGGGCCGGUUCGUUUUGGACCGGUCGCACGCCGCUGGCAUCGGCGCCGCCUUGGGUGCAGCCGUGGCGCGCUUGUGUGAGCCUCUUGAAGCGCAGGGGGCUGGGGCUGAGGACAGGGAAAAUGCUGCUCAGCAGUGUCAUCCCAGGCGGCUUCUCGUCUCUUCUGGCUUUUUAGGAAGGAGCAUAACCGUCGCGAAAAGUUCGCGAAAUCUUUGAAGAGUGUGGUGUGAAACGUUCGCGGAACUCUUUCGAAAAGAUAAGCGCGUGAAGAUGUAAGCCUGACAUGGUCAAGACUUGGAAACUUUGUGCAAACAUUCCGCGAAGGUUCUGCGGCUUACUUUUGUCUUCCAUGUUUUUUCGAAGGUGGCGCGCAAAUGGACUGACAGGAACAAGCCCGCGACAAAUUGCAGCGGGGCCGCACAAGGUUCCGCGUCCUGUGUCUCUGCGUGCUUUUUGUGGUCUUGCUUUCUGCUUCUCUCUCCAAGCUUGUGCAGCCUUUUAGGAUGUGCGUGCGCAUUUGCUUGGGAAUUUGUCGGGUGGUAGGUUGCGUCGAAGGUUGGCUCGUUGGCUCGUGAUGCUCUCGGGGCAGUGCGUGGUCGAGCUGGUCGCGUGAUGGUUCUGUCAGCUCUGCUCUCAGAGGCUUAGCAGAAGCCGCGGGAACAAGUGGACAGGCGCAAACCGAAAGCGGCGCGCGUGAGCCCCGGCAACUUUUCGCCAAGAUAUUCCGCCGCUCGUAGUCUUAGGGCGCGGCGGUCUCCAACGUCGACCCUUAGCGCCUCGCCGCACCCUGACAAGAAGGAGCACACCCCGCAACGCUCCCGCGGUGUCUUGAGUGAUUUCUUUCAAGCAUUCAAAGACGUGCUGCUGUCUUUUGUAAGCCGCUACACCUACAGCCGACCGCCAGCGCGCUUGUGUUAUCUAGUGGCUGACAUAUGACUAUGAGUGGCCCACGCCCACAGGCACAGACUGCGAGCGGCUCGACGAUUAAGCACGGCGACCCACUAACUUGAGGUGGCUGGCUUGCUCUCGAUUCUUGACCUGAGCCCACUCAACCCCAACAAGGCCAAGACCGCUGACAAGUGGCCAAAGUGCGUAGCUUGCUGACCUGAGCCCACUCGAGAUAGAUGCUGGAUGUGUUUGGGGGUGGCUCUGGAUCUUGGCUUGGUGAGCCGGUGCCUUUGGUCUCGUCUGGGCCUGGAGUGGUUGUCUAGAGUCAGUGCGAGCACCCACCCCCCUCAGUGUCCUCCACCACGAACCUGGGACGAGGGGGGUGGGGCACUGAGGGCUGAAGCAUCUAGAGGAUUUAGUUUUUAAUCUAGUAGUUAGCUUUCCUCUUCGUCUUACUCUUUGCUUUUCUCUUGACCGAUACUACGAGUGAUGAGAGUGCUGAAUGCGUCACGUCUACACACCUCACGGCCUGCUACUACUCCUCUUCAAGAUACAAUAGUCAGGGGCUACGACUGCGAACUUCUUUGCACUCAUACUCACGAUCAUAAGGAUAAGCAUAACUAGUUACUUAGUAGUUGUAACUACUAAACUAUGACGAUUGGACUUGGUAGAGAGUGUCGCUGUAAUGUUACCGCUGGCUCUAACUCAUUGGCCCCGAGAGCAGGAACUCUUGCUACACGCCCAAUGGCUACCCGAAGGACGUUUUGGUCGAAAAUUUUCCAACACUGAUGAGCGGGCUGUCUGGAAAAGUGCUUGCAACCGCGACUCACGAGCGCAUCAUGGGUUCGCCAAAUAAGGAAGAAGAACAAGCGCAAUCGGAUGAGCAACGCCACCACGCCGCGGCCAAGCAGGGAGACGCGACGACUGCGAAAGGCAACGAGCCGUCGAGCGAUAGCGGCCGCUGA